AUGCAACCACCUCACCUCAAUCCAUCGAUCCACAACGCGUUAAUAGCUUAUCCGAAUAGCUACAACCUCAAACGGCCAACAGUGAUCAAAAUUUUGAUUGUCGGGGAGAGGAAUGUGGGAAAAUCCUCUCUGAUAAGCUCUUGGUGUGGAGUGAUGAAUGAAAAGAAUCAUCUCAUACGUUUUGUUGAUCGGAGAAGAAACGGAGAGAUAGACAUCACGAGAGUGGAGGUAUCCACUUCAUCGCCAUCAUCAACAACCACCUCAGAAACUGCAAUGGAGAAAUCAAGGCCUCCUCACAGUGGGAAUGAAAAUUUCUUCAUUGAUUUUUGUGAGCCAAUCAAUGAUAGUGAGCUGCCCUCCACAAACCAGAACGUACGAUCGGCAUGGAUGACAGACACAGACUUUGUUUUGAUUGCAUACGACACUUCAAAUAUGGCAUCUUGGAACGCAGCAAUAACAAAGUGGGUUCCACUGUUUCAAGAAUACGAAACACAACUCAGUACUGUCAUGCUUGUUGGUACCAAGAACGAUCUCCCACGAAAAGUCGUAUCUAUUAAGGAAUGUGAACAAUUUUGUAAGUCAUAUAUAUCAUCUAGAGAGGAGAAUGGUUAUUUCGGUAUUGGUAGCGGCUUGUUCUUCAUGGAGCUCUCAACCAAACUAGGCACAAAUGUUGACCUCGUGUUAAAUAUUUUGUUGAUAAGAAUAUCUCAUUUGUUGACAUAUCGCAAGGAGACUGCCAAUACCCAGAGCCAACCCUACAAUGGGUUAAUUGAGCCUAUGAAUCAAUUGGACAUUCGCAACGAGUAUACAAAUAUGAUGCGAGCAGAAGAGGCAACGACAUCUCUCAUAUUUGAAGAAUUACCCCUGAAUCAUAAAGGUUCGCCUCCACUUCAUCAGCGUCAUGAAAAUCAGCAGAAAAUAAGCGCUGGCUGUCAAACUCCUCCAGAUUUUUCAACUGAACCCAAGUUCCCUAAAGAUCCUUCCUCUUCAAUGCUCAAAAACACUAAUCAAGAUCCAAACCUCGCAUCUUUGGUACAUUCGAGUGUUGAGACAGAACAAAGCUAUGGCAUUAAUGCAUCAGGAUUAAUCGUGCUACCACCAGUGGAUUCUUCUGCGCAAUCAACAAGUGCAGACGUUUGCAGUAACAAAUCAGACAGCUCUGUCAAGAAAUCUGUAAAGAGUCAAAAACCAAGCUCCUCAGUACAGACCAAAAUUCAAAAUUUUCAGGAAACAAAGCAAGGCUACGUCAUUCCUGUAAUUGAGACAGAUCUUUUUCCUGAACAAAAACAUCACCUUUCUUCAAAACCUCAACAAGUACAGCAGUUUAUUUCACACAAUUUCUCACACAAUGAGCACUCUGCUAAAGUAAUAUUGUCCAUUAACAUUGGAGACGGUAAAAUGUGUAAAUUAGGAGUGGUUUCUGGAGAUAAUAUUUUCCAUUUGGCUGAAUUAGUAGUGAAACAGUUUGAAUUAGAUCCAAAAUUGAGAUCUGAAAUUGCUUUCAACAUCAGAAAUAGUAUUAACAAGUACAUUGAAAAAGUUAAUGGAUCAUUCAUAAAGGAUAAAAAGAAUAAUCCGAAAAUUAAGGAAGCAGAGAAAUUCAACCAAACUGUGGGAACAAUGUUUUCCAACACCACUCAACAAACUCCUUUCAAUUUUGUCAGUGAUUGGAUAAAACCAGCAAGACCUCCUAUUCUUCAGCUUAAAAUAACAAUAUCGAAAGGCAAAACAGGAGUCAUUUUGGUCAGAGAGGGUGAUGACAUUACAGAGCUAGCUCGAAAUUUUGUGAAUACAUUUGGUCUUAAAAAAGAUCAUCUUCCUAAAAUUGUAGAGAAAAUCAAGAAGCAUCUAGAAGAUUGCCAAGAAGUCAGUAAAGCGGUCAGUGGAAGACCUCUCAGCAGUACUAAUUCCAGAGAAGAAGCAUCAAUAGUGGUGGAGAAAGCUGAAAAACAGCAACUCUCGAAAAAAAAAGCACAACAGCUGAAAGUAUCUCAAAAGGAGCCAAAAAUCAGCAAGGAGCUCACAGCAAACACAACAAAUUUAUCUUCAUCACCUAAAACUCCAAGGCCAGAAAAUAAGGUGCUGUUCAAUCUUGAUGUGGAAAUUAAUGAAAACAACAGGAAAAUACUUACUGUGAGAGAAGGAGAUGAUCCCAAAACGUUAGCUCGCGAGUUCGCAAAGCAACAUCUCAUUGGGACUAGUGCUGAAGAAAUGCUUGUCCAGCUGAUUCAACAUCAUACUAAAAAGUAUUACGAACAAAAGAAAAUGUCUCUUCCAUCUCCAUAA